AUGAUUUUAGGAGACACUCGAACAGUUGAAGUCACACCUCAAGACUCUCGAACGACUGUCACUAGUAAUAGUUCGGAAAUGGAAAAUAUCGAUGAAGGACAAUCUGACAAUGUUAUCAAGAUUCCAAAGAUUGAGGAAAACAUUUUAAAACAGUUUACUCGCGAAGAGGCUAUGAAUGACGCCGAAAACUUUGCAAUAGAACAUGGCCUAGUGGAACAUACGUCCCUCUUUCGUCGUGCUGCACUAGCCGCUCGCGAUGGUGACAAGUAUGAAUCGAUUCCCGAGUUAACUGAAGAAGACCGAACGGCACUAUUUAACGAGAUUCAUCAUCGAUGGAAGCAACCGUGGGCUCUCUAUUUCAUCGCAGCUGUUAAUGCUAUGGCAGCUGUCGUGCAAGGAAUGGAUGAGACCGUUGUCAAUGGUGCUCAAUUGUAUUACUUUGAAGAAUUCGGAAUCACUAAUAGCUGGCUUCAAGGUCUUAUUAAUGCUUCACCAUAUCUUGCUUGUUUCACAAUUAGUGUUUGGAUGACUGAACCGAUGAACAACUUUUUCGGUCGUCGCGGAACGAUCUUCAUAAUGUGUAUCGUUGCUGCUGUCACAUCGAUUUGGGAAGCUGUCUCACAUUCUUGGGUCAACCUAAUGAUCGCUCGUUUCUUCCUCGGUAUUUCUAUUGGUGUCAAAUCCACUACUGUGCCCAUAUAUACUGCCGAAUCAUCACCACCAGCUAUUCGAGGAGCACUGACUAUGCUUUGGCAAACAUUUACUGCUUUCGGUAUUAUGCUUGGUUAUAUUAUGGACGUCGCAUUCGUCAAUGUCCGCCCAGACAUAUACCUCAAUUGGCGUCUUAUGCUGGGAAGUACUUGUGUCGCUCCAGUUGUAGUUUGCUGCAUGGUCUGGUUUGGACCUGAAUCUCCUCGUUGGUACAUGAAGAAGAACCGUUGUUCUAAAGCUUUUCAAUGUCUUCUCCGUCUCCGGGGGGUGCCUCUUCUAGCCGCUCGUGAUCUUUACUACAUGCACGUCAAUAUUCGCGUCGAAAAGAAUAUGAAGGCUGGUCGCAAUUUGAUGAAAGAAAUGUUCAACAUUCCUCGUAAUCGUCGCGCUGCACAAUCUUCUUUUCUAGUCAUGUUCAUGCAACAAUUCUGUGGUGUUAACAUUAUAAUGUACUACUCUUCUGUAAUUUUCGUUAACGCUGGUGUUUCAGCUAAUACGGCUAUCUUAGCUUCUCUUGGUGCUGGUAUUCUCAACUUUCUUUUUGCUCUUCCUGCUGUCAAGAUCAUCGAUACUUGGGGCCGUCGUCCACUACUUUUAUGGACGUUUCCUAUCAUGUCAAUAUGCCUCUUUUUUACCGGUUUCUGCUUUUGGAUUGAAUCUGAAAGUGUACGACUUGGUCUCGUCGUACUCGGUAUCUAUCUUUUCAUGAUUGCCUAUUCUCCUGGUGAAGGACCAGUUCCAUUUACAUACGCUGCUGAAGCCUUUCCACUAUAUAUUCGUGAUUUUGGUAUGAGUGCAGCCGUAGCGAUAACAUGGGGAUUUUCUUUCCUCUUGUCAGUUUGCUGGCCUUCGAUGUUAAUAACUUUCAAGCCUCAAGGUGCAUUCUCAUUUUAUGCGGCAUGGUGUCUCAUUGGAUGGGUAGCCAUUUUCUUCAUAUUACCUGAAACUAAAGGUCGUACUCUGGAAGAGUUGGAUCAAGUCUUCAGUAUUCCUACACGUACGCAUGCCAAAUACCAAUUACGCAUGUUGAGACGCCGAAUUGGAAAUUUGUUUGGAAGUAAAAUAGAAAUUCAGGGAGAAGAAACUUUAUCUUCAGUCCCGUAG